UCGCCGACAGAUGCUGAUGAGGCUGACGUCAACUGAGUUGCGCGGCCGUUAAAGAGACCUGACACCUCAGACAGAGCAUCACUCGGAAUCAGGGCCAUUAGGCCUCUUUCACAUUAGCCACAAAGUCUUGUGGAUUAGAAUUGGAGAAAUGGCUCAAGAUGACGGACCAUUAAUGAGCAGCUCCUAUUUUCGUUUGAUCGCUGUCUGCGAAUUAGAAUCCAUUAGCAGAUUUUGUCAUGUCUAUUAUUCCUCGGCAACUUUCUGAAACUGGAGUUGCAGUUCUUUUUUUGCAUUUCUUUUUUUGUUUUCCCCCCGAAUAGGAAUAUUUGCAUAGCUUCCUCAACAGUUGGAUGGUGUGUGUCUAUGCCAAUGAUAAUUCUUGCGGCUGAGCCUCAGCAUCUGACAGUGAAGCCUGGGGAGCAGUGUGAGUAGAUUAAAUGGGGAAUUAUGCGUUUGGAUAAGGGUUGAUAUGAACCAAUGGAUGGAGAUGUUGUAAAGAGUGAGGUGCCAUGUUUGGGGACGACUGCUCUGACAUCCUGACCAUUGACUUCUGUCGGACACCGCUGUCAGAAAUCAGCGGCGGACUACAACUCCCACAUGCCCCACAAAGGAUGUUUCUGUGGGCAGGAAGUAAAGCAACCGAUGGAAGAAGUGACCGCAGAUCCAUCUACCAGAAGAUCCGUGAGUGUGACGGCCUGGACAAGAGUAAGACGGUGACGGCUCUGAGAGCAGGGGAGGACAGAGCCAUGUUGCUGGGCCUCAGCAUGGUCUUCGUAUCAGUCAUGAUGUACUUUGUCCUGGGAAUCACCAUACUGCGCUCCUACUCCGACAGCGCGUGGACCGAUGAGGCCAGCUGCACGAUAGUGAACUCCACCAUCAUGUGGGAUGUAAACUGUUCGUACAGCUGCGGAACGGAGUGCUGGAUGAGCUCCCGCUACCCCUGUCUCCAGGUCUACGUGAGCCUCAACUCCUCGGGGAAGGUGGUGCGACUGCUGCACAACGAGGAGACGCAGGACAGCAACCCCGAGUGCUUCUACAUCCCAAAGUGCCGUAAAAACUAUGCAACAACACACGCCACGGUUCAGAACAUUUCUGAUCGCCUCAGGUCUCAGCACACAGUUCAGUGUUUUGUGGAUCCUACGGACAGGGUGGACAGUGCCAUUUUGUCUCAGAUCUACGGUCGGGUCGCCGUCUUCCACUCCCUGUUCUGGCCAACCUGCACCUUGAUGGGAGGAACCCUCAUCAUCGCCAUGGUGAAGCUAACCCAGUACCUAUCCAUCAUGUGUGAGCGACUAAGCUGCAUCAAGAUGUGAAGGAUAGAAAGGCGGCCAGGUCGGAUGGGAGUUCUUGUUAUACGGACAUGCAAUAUAUGAGUGGAAGUAGCUGCACAAGGCCAGAUGUGGUCUGUCGGCGACAGCUGGAAUGCUCAGAUUCAGAGAAAGUGGGCAACAAUUUGAAAGCAGCUCAAAGGACAAGGUUGAAUUACAGAUUUGACGAUAAACUGCAACUAGUUUGCAGCUUGACACUAGUGGCACCUGGUGGUUGAAGUGCCGUAACAACCUUUGAAACGAUUAGUCACACUGUUUGUGGACCAGUCUUUUAUUUUGUAAGAUAUACUGUAUGCAAAUGUGACACAAUGUAUUUAAGAAUCCUGAUUAUCUGCAUUUGCUGUUAAACAUUUUGGGGGGAUGCUUAUUUGCUUUCUGUUCCAUUGUGUAUAAUGUCACUGAAGCUACAGCUACAGCUAGCAUCCAGUUAGCUUAGCUUAUCAAUGGAAACCAGAGAGCAAACUAAAUUACUGCUAAUAGUGUUGCACCAGCACUCGCAAAACAUUAAAUAAGUGCAACAAAAUCAAAUAAUUUCCUCAAACAACACAAUUGUGGUCAAAUUAAUAUAUUCUUUUAAUCAAUCGUUAUACAAUGGUCAAUGAAAUACAAAAUGCAGUUAUCGUUAUCAGUGCCUGGUUCAACUUUAAGUUGUGCUGUAUGCCUAUGCCUUUUUUUGAUACUUUAUCAACAAUAUCAGAAAUAAAAGAAAGAGAUUCAUAGUUACACCGUACAGUAGAGUUAUGGGUCUCUCUAAGAGAUCUGUUUAAUGUUUUGAUCAUUUCACACAGAUUUGAGAGAAACAUCAGUCUUCUCAUGCAACUCUCAGCAAGAGAGUAAAUGUGCAAUUACCAAAAUGUAAAACUGUUGAAGAUAGAUCUUCUAAAGCUGUAGCUCGGUACCAAAAUGUGCAUUUUAGGUCAUCUGGGUCCACAUGAACCAAGCCUUUGAUUUAAUGCUUUACUUUAUCUGUGUCUUAGGAUGAAGGACAUUUGCAGUUUGAGAUCUAUGUCACAAAAAGCUUUAUCAGCCAUAUUGCUUUGAUAUUUGAAAGUCUGUAUACUGACACUUUGAACUGUAAUUUAAUUAGAAUGAACACAUUUUGAGACUAUAUAAUUUGUGAAAGUUUGUGUUGGCCUCGAAACUUACUGUACUACCUGGCUCCUCGAACCUCUAGUUAGCUAAACUUUCCAAAUGUCUUGGGACAGUUUUUCUUCUGGCAUAGUCCCCACUAGCUUAAAACAUGAUUUAGAGGCAACAACUUGAUCCAGGCUCUCUUUGCGAUAAUUAACAAGUGUCUAACCUUCUUUUCAAAAGCACGAAAAAGAGCUGUGUUUCUGAUGUGAAGUAUGGAGUCCCCCAACGCCAUGUUCUUGACCAAUUGCCCUAUGUUGAUGAUAUUCAGCUGUAUGUGUCUAAAAGCUGAUGUACUUUCUCAAAUGAUUAAAGCUGGGGAAAGCUGGAUGUUAAAAGAAAAGUUCCUGCUCCUAAAUUCAGGUUAAACUGAGUUGGUGGUCAUUGGCCCUGUCCGACAAAUACACUGGAUCAAGUGAGGGUAACCCUUGACAACUGUGUGAUUUCUUAAUGACAGCCAACAACCUAUUUUGUCUUUGAAUUUUUACUAUAGUUGUCCUGGCUAGUCUGUAUAUUUUAUUUUUAUGUUCUUUUCCUGCCUUUCCUGUCCGAGUUUCAAACACAUUAUGGUAGAGGGUUGUUGAAUAGAAAAUACCCUCACUGCUACUCCAGCAACACUACACAUUUGACCUUUUGAAAUUGUACUUCUCUUCAGUUUUCUUUCCACACUGCCAUAAACUCAGGUUUACUCUUUAAUUUACCCAGUUAAAUAUUCACCAAGAUGUAGCCUACACUAUUGAUUGCAAACGCAAACUGUCCCUGGGCAUAUGCCCAAAACUAUUGGGGAUGUAACCCCGGUAUCCUCAGUGAUAGUCAUUGGUCAUCCAAAUAAAAUAAAAUAAAAACUUUUCCUAUUUCACAAUUCUGAUUUGGGACAGGUCUGUACAUGUUUGUAUCGUGUGUGUGAACCUUUCCAUACCACCUGUGUACCAGUGUAUGUUUAUUAGAAUGAUUAAAAUUCUUUGAUAAGCUGA